ACACCAUUACUAAACUGGCACUACGCUCAUGCAUGUAUUGAUGUGCGUCCACUUCAACAAGUCACAGCCACUAGCGGUUAAAGAGAUGUGUGUUUUCAUUGAGAGGGGUACAGUGGUGGCCGUGGCCCCCGUGACAAAAAGGAACAAACAUUUGUUCUUGUUUUUGAAAAAGGAUUUUUUUUUUUACUAUACUUAGGGGGACUUUUCUCCCAACUUUAUUUUAGGAUGUGACCGGAGUAUUAAGAUGUGUUAUUUUUUGCACCAGCUUGAAGGCAGGCAUUGUAAGCUGUACCUGAGCAGAUGUGCUCAUACAUCAACUGCCGAGAGUGCCUGUUAAUUUCUUUGAAGUGGCUAAACACAGGGAGGAGUUGAGGCACGAACAAUCGUUAGAUGUGGCCUAUUUAAUCCUCAUCAAUAAUCUCGGGAUCAAUAGCUGGCUUUCAGCACUGGAUUCGCCAGCCCCGGCAAACUGUUAAUUAGCAGUAUUGAUGGUAAUGAUUGGACCCUUAGGAUCUAAAGAACAAUGCCCUGUGUCUGGCAAGGUUGGGGUUACAUAGGUGUUGUGUGGAAAUGUACAUGUAGCCAAGCUGACAGCUGAAUAUAUACUGCAUUGGAUACACACACAGAUGUGCACAGGGUUGGCUGAAUGCCUCGGUCUACAUGUGCUAUACAUGUAGACUGGUACCUACUGUUCAGAGAGGCGGAAUAAUGAACUAGUGUACCGGUACAUGAACAUUUUAGUUUGAGAAAGGACGUUUUGAAGUAUCUGAGCAGCUGUGUACAGUAUCAUGCAACUGACAAAAAGAGAGAAGUUGACAGUGACUCGUCUUCAACGAGAGCUCACCAAGACCAAAUCAGACAACAAUCUGCAACGGGACGCCAUCAUGCGAGACUUGGCUGAGGAGCGACAAUCACGACUAGAUGCUGAGAAACGACUGAAGGAUGCUCUUCUUGAAGGAGAGACCUACAAGACACGACUGGAGGCUCUCCAACAAGACCUGACUAAGAUGCAAGGCAUGCUGAACAGUGUCAUGGAGUACAAGACCAAGAUGGAGCAGAUGAAGGAAGAACACAGCGCGACGGUACAGACUCUGGAGAAUGAUCUGAAGAAGUGCCAGACUCACAUCAGCAACUUGGAGCAAGAGAACAGCAAUCUACUUAGUGAAUGUCAUGCACUGGAGACCAAGGUUGGGCAGGAGGAAGUCAUGAAGGAAAAGACGAUGCUCUUGGAGAGAUUACGAAUCUUGGAAGCGGAGAAUUCAGCUCUGGUCCUAGAGAAUGAGAAUCAAAGGGAACAAUAUGAGAAAUGUCUUGAUGAGGUGGCCAAUCAAGUAGUUCAGGCACUCUUGAUGCAGAAGGAUCUUAAAGAAGAAUGCAUCAAGUUACACAACCGUGUGCGUGAAUUAGAACAACAAAAUCGCAACUUGAAAUGUUUGUUUGAGAGAGAUCGUCAAUGCUGCGGACCACUCUCACCCAUUCAGGGCUGUUUCCAACACCCGUUUUCUAAUCUCAUGUCACUGGGUCCCACGUCCUCGCUCUCCACUGGCCAAUCACAGAGCUUGGCUCCACCCAGCAGCAAUGCCAGCCCCGUCCUGCUCAGGCCCAGUCGAAUCCCUGACAGGGGACCGAGACAGGAACAGCUCAACAGCAGCGAGGGUCUGUCCUCUGACUCAUCACAUCCUGCUUCAUCAUGCGAACCAGCCCAGGGUAGUCCGGUGCACGGCGCCAAGCCGGUGCUAUAUCAGCUUCAUGGAUCGCCACAUUCCAAGUCUCCACAGCACAGACUACCAAUCACGCAAUGUCAUGAACACAUCAACACUACGUAUAAAGAGACUUCACCAGACUCUAGUUAUCCCUUGACCAAUGGAGGGCAUCCUGUUGAUUCUCUUGAUCUGUAUCCAUUACACCGAACCAUGCCAGAUACCAGCUUGGAUUUGCUAUCCCCUCAGCGGGAGCAGUUGAUGUACUCACAAAACUGUGAGACAUUCGCUGAGUACCGACGUGGGCAGCUCUCCUCCAGGAGCAAUGGACACCACCACCACCACAGCAGCAUGAUCAGUUUUAAUGUUGCUGAGAAUGAUGUAAAUGACGGAGCUGGUGAAGUCAUGGGACUUGAAGAUCUGGAAUGGGAGCACACAUUACUAUCUCCUGCCUCCCAGCGACACUUAGGAGAGAUGGGAAAGCCUGUCCGCCAUUUGCCAAAUGGACUAGUAACCAGUCCUGCCAAGGCACUGGCACUCAGGAACUGUUAUGCAAAUUCAAAUGCAGAGAGGAAACUAGGAGGUGGUUUGGGAUGUAGCAGAGAAGCAGGAAGGAAUGGUUUCAGUCUUGGGGAGCAAUACACCAAACCCUUUGUCCACGCACCUUUUCACUAUGCCCAGAGCCUUCUCCAAGAGUUGAAGGACAUCAGCAGCAGUGUUAAAAGUUUUGAGACCUUGACUCUUGAGCCUAAGUCUGGUGUGCAGCAGAAACGCAAAGCAAGCUUGGAGAUACAACCCCCUCAGUCCAGACAGAAAGUAGUCCGGUCUCAGCCAGGCAGACCACCAGACCAUAUCUUCACGUUGUCAUCUUCAGGACAAGGGAGUGGCUAUGAUGCUGGCCCUGCUCUUGCAAGGGGAAAUGGAGACAGUAGCUGCUCCAUGACAAGCUCGGAGAGUAUCGAAACCAUGCUGGAAAGACAGACUUCCAUCACACCCUUCCCAGAUUCCAAGACAGAGAACAAUCAACAAGGAAAACAACAAUAUCAUGAGCAGCAUAACCCUCCAUCCAGGGACACAGACAGCAACAGGGUUCAAUACCAAGAAACUCAGGCUGAACAGUCUUCAGAGGCCUUACUUAAGCAGUAUUUCCAAGGACUGAAUGGUUCUGUUACAUCAGAGAAAUGCCAGACCAAUCCAGAAUCUGUGAAUCAGCUGCACCAAGUCCAGAGCAGCAGAAUAAUAGCUGAUGCUUCCUCUUACUCUCCGCAGAUUGAGAGGAAACGAGAUGCCUGUCUGUCAGAGCCAAACAGAGACAAUCCUGCACAACAAAAAACUUCUGUUUGUCGAAGUCUCUCUGAGAACUCUUCACAGUCACCAACUUUACAGAGGAAUUUGUGUAAUGCUACGUUAGCUCACAGAAGAGACAUCAGUAAUAAUGGUCCCAAACAGGAAAAAUCUCCCACACUGAAUAGGAACACAUUAACACCAACGCAUGAUAGCAGAUAUCUCAAGAACAAUACCAUGAAACACUCCCAGACUCUACCAGACUCAUACAAGAUUCAGAGAAAUUUGGGAUCAUCUUUGAAGUCACCCCAGUCACCUGGGUCAGGCAGGAAUGCAGUUGCUUUUUCAAAACAGUCAGGGUCCAUCAACAAGACAUCACAGUUUCCAAAACCUUUAACUGGUGGUAUUGACCAGUCUGGGAGCUCUCCAAUUCCAUCUGGAAGUUGGAAAGUCCCCGUGCAGCCAAGUACUGGUGGAAAUCAGCUAAGCCCUCACCAUCGAACAAAACACAGUAGUGGAGUCUGGCAUUCGGCCCAGUCCCCUGUCCUACCAAACAGACACAGAAAUUUAACUUAUCCAAGACCCCACAGGCACCUCUCAGAACCUAGUAGCAGAAAUGCCAAAGGAGACCAGAGUUGUCAUACAGGGGCUCCUCACGGUAUUAGACCACCCAAUAGCUUCCCAGUGGAGCUGACCAGUCCAACGGUUGGUAAACAUCGUCAGAGCUCAUCUGCACCAACCAGCCCUUCAACUGAAUGCUUAACUGCCCGAAUGCAUCAGCGAAACAUUGCUCGGAAGAUGUCACCUCGUGUUCGUAAACCUGAAACCAGCCAACAGAAGCACAGGGACAAAAUACCAACACUCUCAGGAAAUGAAAAGAAAGCCCUUCAGCAGACAAGUAACAUGUCUGCAGGUGCGCCUGAACCAGACGUCAGUGGUGUUAGUGGUGAUGUGAGAACUCAGAAAUCAAGAGAAGAUGCACCAAGUAGACCUUCAGAUCUCCUCCUUCCAUCCAAAGAGAUCAGUAAUCAUAAACCAUCAGAUACUAUCCAACAUCGGCAAAACUCUGAAGUAGAUGUCUCAAACAGCAAAGCCAUACCAGAUAACAGAGAUCUGAUAACCUCUGAAAUGCAGGUUCCAGUGGCUAACAGGUCACAAACAAAUCCAGAAGAGAACAGGAGACAGCACCAGGAUGCUGAAAAUUCAACCCAGAGCAGAGAUAAAUUUGAAGAGGUCCUCCAAGCCCAUGAUAACAGAAAUGAGCGAGAGAGUUACACCGAGAUUGAGAAUGUUAUCAUAGCGUAUUCAUCACAGGGUGACAACCAAAACAACCUGCCGGAUUCCAAGCUUGAUGAAGUUUUAUUUAAUUCUUCCAGUAAUGAUGCUUCAGAGAGUGCAACAAAACAAGAUGAGGCACAAAGUGUCAAGGCCUUAGAAGAGAAAAUGCAGCAAAAUAACCAGAAAAGGCCAGGACCAAAUUACAGUAGAAUCAGUGAAGUUGGUAGAAAGUCUCAUGACAAUCGAGUGGGAUCUUUCAUGAGAGCGACUUCUCUCCCAGUGGAUUCAGGAGAUUCUUGUAGGCCACCAAAUGAUGCCACAACUAAACCUUCAGUCACAAACAUUGAUGAACUACCAAUCCGUGGCUUCAAUGCAUCAUUAGAGGCUGCCAUCACUCCAAAGACCAGUAGCCAAUCAGACCAAACCCAGUAUCCUGAUACCAGAAAAGAACAGGAAACACCUAACAUGAGACUCCCCAGAAGUAGUGGCAAACCUUUUACAUCAACUCCUUGCCAGCAAACAAACAGUGCUGUUACAGAAGGAGACUGUAACAAUGAGGGCAAAUCCUCCGGAAAACUAACAGCAGAAAAACCUGAUACAGACAGCACGAAGAGACACAGUCCAUUUCACAUUGGAACUCUUGGAUCCUCUCCAAGGCUACCGGGAAGGCACCAAUCAGCUGCAGUCCAUCUGGAGAGUCAGAGGAGAGUUGUGAGUGAUCCAGCAUGCCAGCACAGCUUGUCGUACGAGUCGCUGCAAUCCAACCAAUCAGAGGGCUCGGCAGAUUGGGGGAGUCCGGUGAGGAAUGGAGCCACCCCAAAGAAGCCAGCAACCCCAUUGGUGGGUCUCUUUCUCCAUCCAUUGAGUGAGAUUCUGUGGAGUGGUUCAGACAGUGAUGACGAGGAGGAAAAUGUUAACUUUGUGGAGAUGUGGAAGGCACGCAACUCUUCCCCAAUGAAACUACCAGACUGGAACCCAAGGAAGAGUGUUGAAGACUACAAGAAGAAGAUGCAGGAGUCUCUGUCAAGUAACUCAGAGAGGCCAGACAGCGUGACUUCCUCCACGUCCAGUGAGCAGUGGCUUCUCAACUAUCCUCUUGACAAGAUCUCACCACCGACGAGUCUGACCAGACCCUCCAAAACCAACGGCAGAAAGGAGCCAGUCAGAAGCAGCUCCGUGAAGAACUCAGAGUCCAAGACUCAGGAAGGCAAAGCCUCCCUGAGCAGCUCCAAGUCAGCACCUGCCACUAAAACCAAUGGCUCUUUGAAGAGAAAUGCGGGUGUGGGCAAGAAAACCAGCGGAGGUGAUCGAAUCAAGUCUUCCGGCAGUGAUAAUAGUAGCCUGGGAGAGAACUCAAUGAUGGCAGACUUUGUGUCCAGUAUCAUGACAGAGAUCUCUGCUGGAGAGUUCGGCAAGAGCUGUAUCAGUCUGGACUCGGGUCUUAAGGACAAGAAGAAAGCUCCAAAAAUGGGCAUAUCAGAACAACGAAUCAAUUCCAAUACGAGGGCCAAGUGUAAUUCACUGCCCUCUAACCAUUCACAGUUCCUCUCGCUGUCCAUCCAGAGCAGCCCCAAAAGUCCUCAAGCACCCACUAAACCAGUCACUAAAACUCUGUCAGCAUCAUCAGGAUCAAAACAAAUCAAGUCCAAAUUCAAAGAAACAAGACGCAAGAGUUCAUUGUCAGGAAUCCCCAAAGCUGUUACAGAGAAGAAUUUCAAAUUGUACAAAGGACAAUCCUCGAGGAAGUCAGAUCAGCAGGUGAAACAACAAGCAGAGGCCACUACCAAGGAAGAUCCCAACGACUAUAAUCAAGUCAAGAAAAGAGAGCCCAAAGGAAGAAGCCGUAUCCCCAAACUCAUCAGGAAUAGCUUCCGGAGUCAAAAGUCAGAGAACCCUGGCAAGAAGAAGACUCCAAAGGGCAGUAAGAAGGCAUCCCUUGAUGAUCAUAAAAUCCAGAUGACAUGCAAUGUGCCUGGUGAACAGAGCAGCAACACUGAACAGGGAGGUGCCCAGUCACAGGCCUGGAUGCGACGCGAUGUCCGUAGAGGGAGGUCUCCUCUCGAACCCAGAGGGAGCAAAGAUGCCAAGAAAUCUGUAGAAUCCAGACUUGUCAGUGCAGAAAUGCCUUACAUUGAUGACACGGGCGCGAGUCCAGUCAAGCCAUUGGGUUGUGAAAAAUGCAACUUGUGUUCCAACGGAGAACAGAUCAGCAGUGAUUGCUCUCACGCUCAUCAGGCGCGAAAGAACACAGGCACAGGCGAGGCUACCCAUUCUGAUGAUCAUGUCAAUCUCUCAGUCAACAAUGUCUGGAAAAAGAACAAUCAAUCAAAUACCGACUGGAAUUCCCCAAAGUCCUCACUUGAUGCUGCCAACCAGAAACUAAUACAUGACAUUGAGCAGGGUCAUCUCUGCAGUGACUCUGAAUGCCAACUCACAUCAAGGACCUGGGCACCGCAACUCAACAGUAACAACAAGGGCAGUUACGAGAGAAGUCUACAGACAAGAGAACCAAUGGAAGGAGGGAAGGAGGAAAUGAGAACAUCAGGGAAACAGUACAAAGUGCCACUGGUUAAUGAAGACAUGAUGGAGGACUUUGAUGUGGAAGAGCUGUGUGAUGAAGAAUCAGAAGAUGCAAGGGAGAACUCAGCUCAGCUUAGUGAGAAGGAAAGAGCCAAUCUCCUGGACUCGUUGUUUGAGAGUGAAACAGAUGAGGAGGAGGAAGAAGGAAGGGAGAGCCUUGAUACAUCCUCAGACAGCCAUCCAGAUGAGAAACAGUUCCUUAAACUCUUAGGAGGAGACAGAGCAUCUGGCUGGAAGCGUCAAGUUGUUCGUCCCCAAGCCACCUACUGUCACGUUUCUAUCUUGCAGCUGGAUCUGCAGGCAUUGUACACACGGUUUGGUGACAAAGAGAAGGAAGCACUCUCCAGCUUUGGCUUCUUGAAAGGGGAGGAUUUUAAGUUAGAGAACACAGUCACACCCAUGCCAGCUCAGAUCAAUAAUAAUGCCAACAACUUACAAUUUGCAUUGGAUGAGGUCGCUGCCCCCAAUCAGAGCCAAGACCAGAGACUUCAGGUUUCAGCAUUUAGCCAGCCGUUUGAUGAGAGUUUAUCAGUUAGUGAUGACGUAUCAUGUUACAGCCAGUCGUCAUCAACGCCAAGUCUGUCAUUACAUGACUGAAGGAAUAAUCCUUAAAAUGUCACAAGGAUUUGGAAGCAGAAAUAGACAUGCACAGAAUAGUUACUUUGUUUAGCAAAAGCUGCAUUGUAAGAAAACAUGAGUAUAUCAGUUAACCUAUGUUUGUUUACCGAGCAAAUCUUGAAGUCCGGAUUUUUUUUUUCUUUUGGCAUUGCAUAUGAAAUAAUCCUUUUUAUUUUGUUUUCUUUUUGUCUUUACUUUGAAGGAAAAAUUAUGAAUUAUUUCAAAAAAUACAAAGGGUCAUUCUGUUCACAUGUAUCAGAAAAAGUAGAAAGCUGGAAAAAUUAUGGAAGAAUUAUUGAUUUUCAGAAGUAUUGGGUUUUUAUAAGCAUUAGGUAUUACAGUUCAGUUAAACAGACUACUUGUUUAGGACAGUGGUUAUAGAUUUCUUCACUGAUGAAUGAGUUGAUCUGAAGACACACUUGUCACAUGAAGGAGCAUUCCAGUGACCAUGCACCAUUACAUACCUCUUAGAAUGUGUGCCUAGCUAUGCUCAGGUUAUGACUUUCAGCCGUUAACGGCUGAAGACUUUGUGGUCGUUGGUGAUAUUUGUUUGAAGACCUUUCUCAUAUUACCUAAAAAACAACACUAGAGGAUCCUUUGCUUUGUGAUGUUGUUUUUAAACAAGAAAAUCCACAUCCUCCUUGAGUGAUCCCUGUUAGCCACUUCCCAGGUUGCAUUGUGUAAUUGGGGAGUGAUCCCUAGCUGUGUGGUUUAAUGGCUUCUGACUAGCGCCCCCCCCCGGGCAAAGAUAUUGACAAAUGGAUAGAGCCACCAAUGUAGGGCUGGAUAGUUCAGUUCGUAGAGCAUCGAUAUGGUAUUCCGGAGGUCACAGGUUCAAAUGCCACUCUGGUCAAUUUCUUUGUUCAUCUUUAUAAUCAUGUGUAAGCACCAAGUGAGUUUCCCUAUAUAGUUUGUUUCAUGGUUUAUAAACACAGUUAUCCUGUUUGUUUUUUAGGGUUCAGUUUGGUAAUUUAUGAUGAGUUAUUUUCAAAAUUGUAAAUUGCAAACAUGUUCUGGACACAUUUAAAAGUCGAGUUUUCACAAAGUUGAUUGCCUUCUGAAAUAACAUUUAAGCUUGAUGAUUUGAGUUGAGAGAGAAGACAAGUGCAGGCAGAUUUCCUUCCUAGUGUGUGGUGCACUAAGCAAAAUUAUUAUACUACUCAGUAUGCCACAAACAUUCAUUGAAAAACAGUGGUUGAAAUUACUCAAAGUCCUUUGAAUCGUUGAACUCACUUGCUUUCAACUUGUGCAAUCAUGGCAUUAGCUUUCUGUGGGCCAAGUCAUUUAUCUGUCAAGUGUAUUUAUUUUAUUGGGAUCUAAGUAUUACUUAAUUGCUUUGAGCAAUUGGAUUCUGGUUAUGCUGGAAAUGAUUUGUGUUGUCUGCAAGUACCUUCUAACUGCUCUAACGUUCAUCCAGAUUCCUGAUCUGUAAUAGUCUUAGAUUUCAUGAUAGUGUCCAGAUGGCAUAUCAUUGACUGUGAUCUUGUCUGAAAGGCAUAAAAUCCUGAGGGCGAGUACAAGUAAUCUUUGCUCCACAAAAGCAUUUUUUACUGGUCUUGUCACUGAACCCUUAUGUGGACAUUUUUUAAAUAACAGAAUGAAGCUCUUGAAAAUUAUUUUUGUGAGUUUGGAAAAUUUUUGAUAUGCAGAUAUCUCCACGAAUGAAAAUUUUGCGUUUACUGCCUACCUCUGUUCUGCUUUUUAAGUAUUACAUAAAGUUACACAUUACUGUAUUUGUAAUUCAUAACCUUGUGUUCAUUUAUUUAUUUGUUUUGCCCACAGCAUGUCCAAAGCUGCUUUAUCAUACUUUGUAUACAUGUACAUUUGUAAAUUCUAUAUUUGAUUUAUGCACGGUGUGCUGUAUUUAUAACUAGGAAAACAUCACUGACACAUGGAAAUUUUUUUUUAAAACGGUUGUCGUGGCAUAGGAUAUUGUUGUCAAGGGUAAGGGUGGAUUUGUGUUGACAAACAGAACUGUGAAAGACUGUGAAAAAAAAAUCUAGAAUUCAUCAUUCAGUUGACUGUUGGCAAGUUUAUGCAUCUUGUCCUGUAUUCAUCUUGGUGGAAUUGGAUGAUUUGCAAUACUACGUUGUCAUUGGACAAAAACCACUGAAUUGUCGGCAGACAAUACCACUGAAUUGUCGUCAGACAGU